UUCGCGAGUCAGUGAUUCUCUACCAACUUGCUGGCAGGGACACUGUUUCGUUACCAGUUGAUGCGAUCGCUCUUGGAGAGCACAGCGCCAAAGAAAGGUAGAGAAGGAAGGACGACGAAAAGAAGCUUUUCAGGAGAGUGUUCCUGAAAGGACCUGAGUGCGGAGGGGUGGUCCUUCAGAGGCAGCGGACGAGCAUGGCUCUCCUACCGCUGUGCUUCAUGGCAGUGGCUGCACUUUCUGGAUUUACUUCAGUGUCUGCUCAGCCGCAGCUGACACCGUUUGUCUGGAAUUUGGCCCGGCUCGACCAUUUCAAUCGACGCUAUCAGUGGGAGCAUUCCAAGGACUGGGCAAAGAACAAGGAUUUGAAGAAAAAACCGGUCAAGCCCUGGGUAGGGCCCGGUCAUGCACACGGCCUUCAUGGCCCCGACGAAGAGCUGCGCUUCGAGAUAGAGCCGGAAAGUGCAGUGCUGACGGAAAGCGAUAACUACACGCUGCAGUGCAUCACGAAUUAUCCGACACUGGACAAUUUGACGGCUCAUCCGCUAUGGCAGCCCUACUUCGGCAACCCUAUGGACCGGCCAGAUCAAAGACGACUGAAUGACAUGGGUAUACCGAUGAACCCUUACAGACAACCUUACGAGAUGACACCGGAGCGCAGAAAGUAUUUCCGCACCUGGGACUUCCAGUGGAGCUUCGGGCCGGACCGCUUCUUCACUGGCAAGGAGCACAGGCCGUGGGAGAAGUCUCCGUUGGCCAAUCGCUUCAUCCUUCACGACAACCAGGACGUUGGUGAUUUGUUCCAGUACGAUCCGUCAUACGUGGAGCAUCCCUUCUUCCUCGACCCGGUCGUCAUUGAAUGGACUGUGGACGGUGUACCGAUCACAAACCAAAACGGAACAGACCACUGGAUGGCACCAAACGGAACCCUGAUGUUGUUCAACUUGAAGGACUAUCAUGGCUCGAAGAUACGACCAAAGGAGUACCGUUGCCUAGCCACAAACAGUCUUGGCACCAUAAUCAGCAGGCCAGCUUUCAUCGGCAUGGCAUUCUUGGACCAGUACCCUAUUGUGGCAUUGAAAAGAGAUGUCCAGGCCGUGCCAAGCAACACCAUCGCACUGGCGUGUCCCGGAGAUGGUGUGUUCUACAAGCCGACAAGUGCCGCAGAUCCGCUGGGGAGUGUAGUGAGUCGACCGCCACCGUUUAUUCAAUGGAUAAAGGAUGGAUCUCCCGUGAACAACACACGGGCGAGACUGAUGCCAAGUGGAGAUCUACAGAUUGAUAACUAUCAGGAUUCGGAUGCAGGCACGUACCAAUGCCGCAUACGGAAUUCCGAAAUCGAACGCAGAAGAAACGAGGACUGGGGCUGGGAAAGACUCACUCACAGCUGGAGACUUGAGCAGUGGCAGCAACUGCAGGACUUCUGGUCCCACAAUCCACCGCGAGAGAUCCUUGUGGUUCAGGAGCGAGAGUGGCGCAAGGCCAAGUGGCUCUGGAACCUGGAACAGCGUGAGAAUCGUCUGCUCAUACAGAAUGAGAUGCUUGCAAUCUGGGAAGCGUUCCGAAUCAGUCCUCCCGUAACUCUUACCACACAGAAACGCGGACCGUACAUGCUUGCGUUUGAGAAGCUGCCACCGACACGGUCCGCCAAUCCGCUGCGCUCGCUCGUUGGUGGCUCGGUGGUGUUUGAGGCAGUUGCCACGGCCCUUCCAGAUAAGCCAACGUACGAAUGGACUGGGCCCAAUGGACAGUCACUGCCGUUCAACCGGACCACCAUGCACGGCGGCAACCUUCAUCUGCACAACGUUCAGAAAUCCGACGAGGGUUUCUACCGCGUGACGGCCACUGCUAACGGAGAGACUACAUCUCAUCUCACUCACCUGUCAGUGUAUGAUGAGCCGGUGGUCUCUGUCUUCCCACAAAACACAUCUGUGAUGGCUGGCACAGAGCUGAACAUCACCUGCGAGGUCAGCGGUCUGCCGGCAUACCAGCUAUCCUGGUACCACAACGGCAUCGAGCAGACGCUGAACUUGACCAAUCGUCUGUACAUCGAGUAUGUCAACUUGACGCUGGACGGCUACUGGCAGUGCUUCAUCUUCCACGAGUUUGGAGUCAGCAUGGGAACCAUGCGUCUCAAUGUCCUGACCCAACCGGUUAUCAUGGAAAAUCCGGAUCCUCACAUCGUCGUCCACGAGUACGAGAAGUUCAGUAUCGGCUGUGCAGUCGGCGGCCAUCCUCUGCCAUCGGUUACCUGGAUGAAAAACAAUGAAACGCUCGAGAUAAUAAACGGGACGGUGAACGACACUUGGUCGUCGUCCACUAUAAGUGUCGCUUGGAAUCUAACAGAAGUGGAAGGAGAGCCCGUAGUCUACACCAGUUUAUUCGUCAACCAGACAACGUUCAACGAAACGGGGCAGUAUCGAUGCUUCGCCAACAACAGUGUGGGCGUCACGGCAUCUCACCCAUCAUACGUCGACAUUUACGGUCCUCCGAGAUUUAUGUGGUUUUAUAAAACGCAGUUUGCUGAAACGGGGAAACCGAAAAUAUUUGAAUUAUUCGUGGCCGGCUUACCGAUGCCCCAGGUGGAAUGGACCUAUCCACCUGGGGUAGUACCAGGUCGACGGUUUCACGUAUUAUACACGGGAGUGUUAAAGAUAGACAUCGUGCAUCCGACUGACUACGGGGUGUAUCAUGUCAAGUUCUUCAACAAGUACGGGAUGGUGGAGACGGACAUCUCGUUCGAAGUCGUCGUCCAACCGGAGGUGGUGGACGUAAUCCAUCCCGGCCCUCCUGUUCUAGGAGAGGACUACUGGAUAGUGUGCGACAUGUACGGUAAACCACCUCCCAAUAUCACGUGGAUGAAGAGUGGGGAGAGGAUCAACGGCUGGAAUAUCCACAUGUACAACCAGCCGCAUCCCAGAUGGCCUUGGCUCAAGUACACCAUUCAGAGUGAGCGUCGCCUCCUAGAAGGAUUCGAGGAGGACAAUUGGAAGGGCAGCCGCUCCAACAUCACCAUCCGCCAGAUUCACACGGACGAUCUUGGAAUGUACUCGUGCGGAUCAGAGACCCAUGCGGGAGAGUACUAUCGACGACUGAGAGUUACCGUGGACGGGGUUGCAAUCAUACCUCACGAAUUGGACAACAUACCGAACGACGUGCCGACAUGGGGAAUCGUGGUGGCCGUGACCGUGGGUAUACUCGUGCUGAUACUGCUGUUAGUGCUGGUCGCGUGCUGUGCUCGGCGCAUGGAACGAAGCGCUCAGAGACACAAAGGCAAGGGCAAGAAGAAAGACAUUGAGAUGCCGCGAAUGUCCAGAGUGCCAGCGGCCAAGUCUAGCCGGCAGUCGAGAACAUCGCAACAGCCAGUAGCGAAACAGGAGAGGGUGAAGCAGGAGAAAGCGCAGAAACCAUUCGCCGGUGCACCUGACCCAUUCAUGCCUCCGGUUGUUGCUGAGAAGCCGCAAAGAGAUCCACGCGCCAUGCUGAAAAGGUUUACAGCUUCUCGUGGGCCCAAGGAGCGAGAUGAUGGCAAGCUGGAAUCGAUGACCAGCUUUGACGAGCCACCUGGCUACACUCAGGAGAAGAAAUCGGCUCCGCUCAAGUUCAAGAAGUCGGCCGCCCCGAAGUCCUCCGUCCCCAAACCAGUGUUCAGUGGUGAAGAAGAUGAUGAUGGAUUCCAGAUGCCAAAGGUGCGCACCUCUUCCAAGGCCAAGACGAGCCCAUCUGAGCCCUUCAAGAUGCCUCCAGCUCCGGAAGAAGACCCACCUAGCAACAUUGCGACAUCAUACAACUACUCCGACGCGACAACAGUCUAAACGGAGCUGGAAAAUGACUCUGUUUGUGUUUGUUUUUUUGUUGACCGCACUUUACAAUGCCUGGAAGAGGAUCUGCAGACAUUUAGGAUCACGCUUGCAAGGCAUCUACAUUGUACAUUGUACAGAUACUCUACACAAACUAGACAAGCUGCUGCUACGCACAUGCACCUAGGUCUAAGCCUGCUGCUGCUGCUUUGGUGUGCCAAGGGCACGGAACUAGAAAGCACAGUUCAGAACCUCGCACCGCACACCGCUAGGUAAUAUUAGGAGCAAUACAAAUCUGACGGCAUUAUUACGAAUAGCACCAAGCUAGCCUAUUUCAAUAGGAUCUGACUGUUGACAAUUAGUGCCCAUUCAUUUCUAUGGCGAGUUUUACUGCUACUACUACUAUUACUAGGGUCAGAUGCCACUGCUUCUUGGUUUCUCAAUCAACUUGAAUGUAAUGAUUGCUGUGAUACACCAAACACACUCACACACAUAAUGGAAAGUAAUUCGGUGUUCUCUAUUGAUAUACCCUGUAUAUGAUAUUGCCAUUAGAGCCCGAUAUUUCAUACAGGGCUGGGCUUUAUUAGUAUACUGUUAAUUAUAUUAUGCUUGCGAUCAAACCCGAGUAUAAUAAUGAUAAUAAUAAUGCUGAUAAUUCUAAUCACGUCGUAUCAA